AUGACGUUGAAAGAAUUUAACCCUGGUUUGCGCAUCUUGAUCGUUGGCGCCGGAAUCGGUGGUCUUACAGCGGCGAUCGCCUUGAGACAGCAAGGUCAUCAUGUAGAGAUCUUUGAACGCUCACGCUUCGCCAACGAAAUCGGUGCUGCCAUCCACCUGUCCCCUAAUGCAAAUGGCGUCUUACUCCGUCUUGGAAUUGAUGCGACCAAAUUCGGGGCCGUGCACACUGAGCUAUUGCGCGAAUAUAAACCAUCUGGAGAGCCGGUCCACAUCACCAAUGUGAAGGAGACUGACAUUUGGAGACACCGCUGGCUACUUGUGCAUCGUGCCCAUUUCCACGAAGGGCUCAAGGCCGCAGCUAUCGGUGCAGGCAAAGGCAAGCCCGCCAUACUUCACACCGCGAGCAAGAUCGUUGACCUGGACCCACACAACGCGACGUUGACGCUUGAGAAUGGCGAGAUCGUUCAGGGAGAUGUUUUGAUCGGAGCAGAUGGAGUCCACUCGCUGACUCGGACCAAGUUGUCUGACAAGAAGCCAUACAGCUCGGGGAAGAAUGCUUUCCGCUUCCUUAUCAGUCGCCAACAGGCACUGGAUGACCCCGAGACGAACAGUAUCGCUCGCGACUUUGGUGCGGUCGAUAUGUGGGACUCGUCUGAUCGCCGUGUUGUGAUCUACCCAUGUGCAAACAAUGACUUGCUCAACUUUGUCUGCAUUCACCCGGAAGAGCUGACGACCAUUGAAACCGGGGGAGACUCUUACAAUCAGCAGAUUAGUACGGCCACUUUGCUUGAUGUGUUCAAGGACUUUAACCCGCAAGUGCGGAAGCUGCUGGAGAAGGCGGACCCACAGACUCUCAAGUUGUGGCCUCUUCUGGACAUGGACACCCUGCCGUCCUGGGUGGAAGGCCGUUUGGCUGCUCUUGGUGAUGCUGUUCAUCCUUUCCUGCCAUACCGGGCAUCUGGCGGUGCAAUGGCAAUUGAAGAUGCUGUCUCUCUGUCUGUGAUGCUGUCUGGUGACAUUACCGCCAGUGACGUUCCUGAGCGACUGAAGAUUUACCAAAAGGCACGCCAUGAACGUGCGACAACCAUCCAGCAAAUGACUCGCGAAUCCGUCAGGCUGAUCUCCCCUGAACGAACAAUGCAAAUGGUCGGCUAUAUCUAUGGCCACGACGAAUUCGACCACUCCGCCCAGGUCCUCCGUAAACACCUCUGGUCCCAAAACCCACACAUGUACUGGCGUCAGCCCAUCGUGUUCGGACCCAUGCCUGGUCCCCGACAGGACCACAUGGGACGAGACCGCGCGCUCAAAUCCCUCGAGUCAACCUUCGUGACAGCCUCGGUCAAAUUCAAGACAAGCCGCACACUCCUCCAGAACCUCUUCCCCUCCGACCGGUACAGUUUCAUCUCUCCGUCGACCGUCGCGCGGGCGUCCUUCUCGCAAACCACCCUAGGCGGCAUGGACUGGCUAGGCGGUGGCGGAUACCGACACAUCGGACUGUACAUCCACGGAGUACAAUACACAAAGGAAAACGGCGAGGUCCUCAAGGGUACAUACAUGCCCAUUCUCUUCGAGAGUCUAGCAGACCCGAUCGUCUCGGGACGUGAAGAACUCGGCAUGCCGAAACUGUACACGGCGAUUGACAUCCACGAGCGUAACAGCUCCUACCGACUACAAACCAGCUGGCAAGGAGCUGUCUGGGGCCAUUUCGAGUUUGAGGAUCUGGAGGACCAGGAUCCUGCCGCUGACAAGGGCACUAUUGGCGGAGAGGACGACGAUGGAAUCCUGGUGUACCGAUACAUGCCUAAGGUGGGUAAGAGCACCAAAGGCGAGGCGGAGGCGGAGUACCCAGUCUUUGUGCCACAUGCGCAGGAAUCCAAGGUGGUUCCGUCGAAAGUGACGCGUCUGCGACGAACCAAGAAUGCCAAGGUGGAGAUUAACGGACUAGACUGGGAUGCACUCCCCACGCUGCAUCAUGUGGUGUCGCGGCUAGCGGAGAUUCCUAUUGAUGAGGUGAUUGAUGCGAAGAUUACCGAGGGAAGAGGGGUUCCUGACGUUUCGAGCGCUCAACGGAUUGAAUAA